CAAUCUCUAUCCAUGAGUUUUCUAACUAUUGUCCUUCCUUUUCUCCUCCUACUGUGGGAGAUUCAGAGGCUCUGUGAUGCCUAGCUGCCGAUCAAGAUUAAAUCACAGCACAGGGCAAAGGCAUCUAGUCUUCACAUGCUGCAAAAUGCACUUUGUGGUGAGCAGAUAGGAGCUGUUGUAAUUUUACGAUCAGCUGUGGCUCUGCAGGACACUCCAGAACAGGAUUUGCUGCUUGCCCAGCCCUCCCAUGAAUGUUGUUUUGUGUUACGACCUUCCCUCUUGCCACGUUUGCCAAUCUUGUCACGUUUGCCGGUCUAGUCACCAAACAAAUGCCACUUUUAAUUGGUUGGCUCUAAAAUAUUUGCACAGUGAAGCCAUGAACUGCUUCCAGUUCAGUCAGACCAGAGUCGUACGUGGAAUGCUGACAUGUUGGGGCAAAAGCUCCCCUGGCUGCUCUGGGUCUACACAUGCUGCUGCAGCACUGGUUUUUGUGGGAGGCUGGUGGUCUGGCCCACCGAUGCCAGUCACUGGAUCAAUGUGAAAGUGCUUCUGCAAGAGCUCGUUCUUCGGGGUCACGAAGUGACUGUGCUGGUGCCCUCAAGCAAUUUGCUCAUCAACUACCAGGACACCUCCUCCCCUUUCACUUUUGAGGUCCUGCAAGUCCCCUUUAGCCAGGAGACCCUGGAAGCCUCCAUGGAAGACUUCCUCAAUUUCUGGAUGAAUGAAGCCUUUAAUCUCUUCCCCUGGGAGAUUAUGUGGACGAUGACAGAGCAACUGGAGGUCUUUACCAAUAUGUCAAAGCAGACCUGUGACACCUUGGUGAUGAACUCUCACCUGAUAGCAAAGCUGCAGCAGGCCAAGUUUGAUGUUCUGAUCGCUGACCCUCUGUCUGUAUGUGGGGAGCUUGUAGCAGAAAUCCUAGAGAUCCCUUUUGUCUACAGCUUCCGCUUCUCAGACGGGAAUGUGGUAGAGCGGCUGUGUGGUGGGCUCCCGUCCCCACCUUCCUAUGUGCCUGCUAGCACAAUGGGGCUGACACACCAGAUGUCCUUUAUGGAAAGACUACAGAACUUCCUCUUUUACAUUUUCAUGGAUUUAUUUUUCAUGAAGUUUUGGCGAGAUGAAUGGGAUGGGUACUACAGUAAUGUCUUAGGAAGACCCACAACCCUGUGUGAGACGAUGGGGAAAGCAGAGAUUUGGUUAAUCAGAACAUACUGGGAUUUUGAAUUUCCACGCCCUUUCCUGCCCAACUUUGAGUUUGUUGGAGGACUUCAUUGCCAGCCUGCAAAACCAUUACCAAAGGAAAUGGAAGAAUUUGUUCAGAGCUCAGGGGAACAUGGUGUCAUCGUAUUCACUCUUGGGUCAAUGGUCCACAGCCUGAGUGAUGAAAAAAGUAAUGUGAUUGCCAAAGCCCUCAGCCAGCUUCCACAGAAGGUCCUCUGGCGGUACAAAGGGAAAAAACCAGAAACUCUGGGCUCCAACACCAGGAUUUUUGACUGGAUACCACAAAAUGACCUGCUUGGCCAUCCCUUGACAAAGGCCUUUAUUACACAUGGUGGGACCAAUGGGCUCUAUGAAGCUAUCUACCACGGGAUCCCAAUGGUUGGGAUUCCCAUGUUUGCUGACCAGCAUGACAACCUUGCUCACAUGGUAGCAAAAGGAGCUGCAGUUCAGGUGGAUUUCAACACAAUGAAGACACAGGACCUGGUUGAUGCACUGAAGACAGUAAUUUACAAUUCCACCUAUAAGGAAAAUGCUCUAAAGCUAUCCAAGAUACAGCAUGAUCAGCCUGUUAAGCCUCUGGACAGAGCUGUCUUCUGGAUUGAAUUUGUCAUGCGUCACAAAGGAGCAAAGCACUUGAGACCAGCUGCUCACCAUCUCACCUGGUACCAGUACCACUCCCUGGAUGUUCUGGCAUUCUUGUUCACCUGUACAGCCACUAUUGUCUUCAUUCUUUUCAACUGCUGCCUAUGUUGCUGUAGAAGAUGUGGCAGGAUUGCAAAGAGGAAGACAGAAUAGACACCUUGCUCCCAACAGCAGUUUUCUUCUCCUAGGCUGAUUCAGCAAGGCAUUUAUGCACAUUGUUUGGUGAACAAAUUUACUGGGAUGUGCUUUAAGCUGGGCAUAUCAUGAAUGCACCACAACAAAGCUGCUGUGGGGCAGAGCUGCUUGCUUAACCAGCAAAUUCCUUCUUGUCUAAAUAAAACUGAAUUAUAGUUGCUUUAUGCCCUGGGACCAUGUUAGCUGAUCAUACAUGGUCCUUCCCAUGGUAAUUGUUGCUCUAUAUUUCCAAGUAUCUCAAAUAAUUUGAUAUAUUGCAUAAAUUCAGCCUUGCCCUAUGGGUCUGCAACUAGGCUCCUUAUCCUAACUCUGUCCUCUCCUCUAGUGUUAUGCAGGCUUGAUCACUGAUUCACAACCAAAAUGCUUCCUCUCCUGCCAGAAAAACUCUCUCCAGACUGGACAGUGAAUCCAAGAUCAUGGGCUCCUAAAAACUGCCCAUCUGAAGGGCCACGAUCAUGAAAACUGAGAGCUGCAAGUGGGAAAUGCACUGAUUGCUUGGGGGCUGAGGGGAGAUUAGAAUCCCAAGACCACCAUAAACAUUACUUUCCUGGGAACCAUUUCUCUUUCCAAUUCAGUCAGGAAUUCCUACUGCACAGGCAUCAUUCUAACUGCAACACUGCAGGGGUGUGAAAACCACCUCUGUCAGGAAUUUGUCCAUCUUAACCCCCAAACACCUCUGAGCCACGCUAACUGAUAAACGCAGGAAAACCUCUAGAAAGGGAACUUGCAAAGAAGCGACAUUCCAUGUGGGAACAGUGCAAUAGCCACUUGCCUUGCCUGAAAAGCUGGAGAGAAAACAGUGCUGCACUUCAGUUAGAUAAGAGUGGUAGCAAACGUAGUACCUCUUCAGGUGUUAAAGAUGCCUGUAAAAUGCUGCUAGUCCAGGCCUCUUUUCCAGGUAAGGUUAUUUCACUGCUGUGCCAGCUUACUCAAGAAAAGACCUGCUCGAAUUUUAAGUGAUAUUUUUAAAUACUCUUUGGAAUUGUUUUCAAACUGAACAUGAUUAUUUGUUUACAUAAUAAAAUUCCUUAUGCCACAUCAACUUUAUUUUUAUUAGCAUUGUCAUGUUUCAACAUCUGGUUAAACUUCUUCAUACUACAACAUGUACAAAAGCUCAACUGUUUCCAAACUAUAGAGGGGUUACAAGAAGACUACUGCAUCUCAUGGCAAUUUCUGGUAUACUGUUCCUGUUGUCAUGACGGGAUCAUAACCAGGAAUAUGCACAGUGAAUAGAAAGGGGAACUGCAUGACACUAAGGCCCCAAAUCAGAAAGGGGUUGCUGUAACUGUUCAGAGAGCCAGGUGGGUCCCUAGGCACAGCUCCACCAAGCUGGAUCACUAUGAGCUCCUGUCACCCACUUGCUAAGAUGUCAGUUCAGAUGCCAGAAGGCCAGCAAGCCUCCCAGCAUGCUGCACAGGUAUUGGUCAGACAGGGCUAACAAAGGACACUGGAAACAGGAUAGAUGGAAAAAGCUGGACAAAGUGCUCCAAAGUCCCUGUAAGGAGGUGCUUCAUUUCUGUAACCUACUCAGAGUGGUUUGGCUUAUCUAGUACUGAAAUUAAAAAGUAAAACAAACAAACAAUCCAAACAAAAAAGCUCAAACAAAACCAAAACCCCCUCUUCAUUUUAGAGUCUAUAUAUAAUGCAGAGAAAGAUAUCAAAGUAUGAGGGUGGUCUAUGAUGCAUUUCUCCAGUUAGACAUAGAAUGUAUUCUAAAUCUGACAAGACUGAUCUAAUCCUCCAGCUAGCAGGCUUUACCUCUCUGUGCACAAUAAACUGUGCUGAGGAACCCAAACACAUAUUCAGCCUCUAGUACUGCUUAAAGAAUCCAAACAUAUUUGUACACUGGAGAUCUAACUUUCUGUUUAACAUAUGUAGAUGUUUACUGUGACUGUAUACUAAAAUAAACAAACUAUUGCCAGAUCAAAAAACCACAUUUCCACAAAUGCAACACAGUGGCCAGUCCUAUACUGCCUUUUAUAAAAAUAGCUGGAGCACCCAGCAGGGUGGAGCUGGAGGCAUUUAAAGCAGAGUCUGGAUUUGUUACAUGAGAAGAUGCUGAAGGAAGUUUAUGAAGAAGUCUACCAAGGCAGUGCUGCUCUUACAAGUUUUGGGAAGUUGGAAAUUGCUGGAAAAACUGAAGAACUUCCACUACAAGUUUUAAUUUUUUUUUUCCCCUCACAGUUACCAUUGGCAUUUAGGUAAAAUAUUUCUUAUUUAAGAGAAGUAACAAGUGAUCACUACAAAGAACGUAUGUGCAGACUCUGGAUCUUACAGGACUAACACAUUCCUGAGACAGGUAUGUCGUGGCUGAGGACAGCCUCUCAACAGCUUGAAGAUCCUAUGAUUAAGUUGAACACGUAGGGCCUUAACUCUGAUGAGCUGUAGGAGUUAUUGGCUACUUCACUAUGGAAAAAGAAAUGCAAUUACCUUUUAUAUCAACAGUCCUUUUCCUAAAUUCAGGCUUCAGAUCAGUUUUGUUUACCAUGAAGAACAUUUGAACUAUUUCCGAACAUAGAUCUUUCCGAGAACUGCUGGAAUCUAGCAAAGCUGUCAAGCUUAGAAAACCAAGAAACCCGACAUGGAGUUUUAAACAUUUCCAUAGUUACCAAUUUAUUUUUUUAUAAAAAAAAAAAAUGGUAGCAAUGUAGAAUACAGCAAUAUUUUCUGGUUCCACGCACGCAGGUUGUGAACAUUCCAAGCAAUGUGUACAUUUUGGAAAGAGACCAGACAAGAGAAUUGACCAAAAUGUUACUGAACACAGGAAGAUUUUUAAAAAAGGCUAAAAAUUAGGUAUCAAUAGUGUCUUCUUAAUAUUGCUUUCCUUACUGAAGACUGAAAAAAAACCACUUGACUUCACAGAUAGGGUUAAAAAAUGGGGGGGAAAGGGCGGGGGGGGGGGGGGGGAAAGGCUGC